ACAUUGUUAACGCCCCAUAAUUCUGCCGCCAUCACCGAGCAGCUCCCAAUUUUCCUUUGGAAACCCACGAUAAAAGUACCGUUAUGGUCACGAAUCAGUCCCCGCAAGCCGCAUUACCAAGAUCAUCCACUGCACCUUCCGUGUUCACCAUUAACACCCCGUUACAAGAGGGUUCCCAAUCGACUGACACAGUGGAAGUUCUGUUAACCCUUCUUCGAAACAUGGGCCGUAAAAAACCAUUCUGAAGUUCGGGUCAAGACAUCCACGUCGAGUGCUUUCGAGCCCUGAAAUUGGGGAGGAUACGCUUCCCAAACAACAGCGAACCCCGCAACCACACAAUUCAUAGGCCAAAAACUUAGUGAGGAGAGAGAAACUUUGGAGGGAAAAUGGAGGUGCUCAAAUUGUCUAGAUUCAAGCUCCAGCUUCAAGCCCUAGUCACCGAAGUUCGUCAACUCAGAGAAAGAGGACACUUUGCCACCGAACAACUCACGCUUUCAAAUCAGGUUCAUUUCGGUACCUUUCAGCUGCAAUGCAUUCAUACGUUUUGCCUGAAUGCAUGCGUAGUUAUCUAAGAUCAGGGAUAUCGAAAUUUUAACAAGGCUGUCGAUGAUUGAACAUAGAAACAAAAGCAUACAAAGGAAGAAUUUGAAAGAAAGCAAUCGGAAUUGCAAGCAGAAUUGGCUUUGUCCAAUGAGCUUCGGCAAAAACUCGGAAGGAAGGCUCAAGCUGAACUUUUUAGAGGAUGAUCUUCACAUCGCGAUGCAAAAGAUGAGUGGAGCGAACGAUUUGAAAUGAAUCUGUGGUGAGUUACCUUGAGAAUGACAAUGCUAUGCUUGAAAACAAGCAAAAAGAGUUGAAGGGAACUAUAGCUAGCUUACUGCAGGCAAGGGAAUCUUUUGUAAAAGUUUACGAGGACUCUACUUGUGAGAUGAGGCGAUCUAUACAAGCUAGAGAUAGAAAGCUCGCUAUUUUAUCGGAGAAGAUAGAUGCUCAUUUAUCACAAUUUGAUACAAUAGAAAAGGAGGCUUUCUCUGUCAAGCAAGUUUUGGAUUAUGUGCAACAUCUUGUGAGCGAAAAAGAGGGAAUAGUGGCCAGAUUAAAGAGCAAAAUGGACGAGCUGUCAGCUUAUGAGAAAGUAUUUGUUGGCUGGAGUUGCAAUCUUUUUCACGCAGAAAAAAUCUCUGACUUGCAAAGUAAACUGGGAAAUAGUGAACAUGAGCUCCGAAGAAAGGAGAAAACAAUUUUGCUGCUGCAAGCACAGCUGGAGGAAACCAAAAUUAGUAACAACUGCCAACCACAGAUAGAAGAGCUUCAGAAUACACUAUCAACAAAGGAUGAGGUUAUACAAAAUUUGCAGUUGGAAAAAAAGGCAUUGCAAUUGGAAUUGCGGAGCCUGGGAGUUUUCUUACACAAAAUUCAGAAAGCUGUCACGCAGUUGAAUGAUGAGGAUAGAAGAACAUUCUCCUCAGUAGUAGGAGGCCAAGAAGAAUGUACACCUGUUGAAGAAAAGGAAAAUAACAGGAUUGAAGAUGUGGAUCAAAAUAUCGAAGAGAAUUAUCCUAGUCAUGAUUGUGAGGGAGGCACUGCUAAAAAUGCAGCUUCAAUCGGCCAGGAGCACGAUUCUGUAUGCAAUCCCUUGCAAGGGAACAACAAUUUGGACUCCUGUAUCUCAGAGGACAACUGCACAACAUUAGUUCACCAUCAAGAUUCAGAAAGCUCCACAACACCAAGCAGAAACCCAUAGGAUGCAGGUUCUAUUUUGUGUGUGUGUGUGUUAAAUAAAAGAUCAGGUUCAAGUACUAUGUAGUAGCCUUUUUAUGCUGCAUUUUUGUGGACGUUUUCUUUAAACUAGAAGUCUCACUUAAUCAUGGCUCCAUAAGUUCGAUAACAGACUGAGGUUGAGUUCCGCUUAAUUUUUAGGAUUUUUUUAAAAGUUGUCCUUAUUAAAAAAAAAAUCACGUUCUUGCUUUUUGCGUCAAAUUUUUGUGGAUUAUUGAUUCGUCUCUAUGAGAGGAAUCAGAAAAGUUAAAUUUUUUACUUUUAGCCAAAAUAUUUUUGGAAAUGUCCACUUUUAUGCUUAAGGUGGAUAUUUUUCAAAAUAUUUGGGUAAAAGUAAAUUUUUUGGGUUUUUCCGGUUGCUUUUGUCGAGACGAAUCAACAAUUCACAAAAAUUUGGCGUAAAACUAACAAACGCUAAAAAAAAUUUGAAUAAGAACAAAAUUCACUUUUUGCUUGGUGAACUCAAGUUGGAUAAAUCAUUGCAUCUUCUGAUGCCUGAAACGUACUUUUCCCCUGCUAUCAAAACUGUUCACAUAAGUAUCAGAGCCCUUCUUUGUUUUUUUGCUGGAACAGCGAAAGAAAAAGUUUCAUUUAUUAUCACAAGAAAACAAAAUAAUAAUAAAACAAAAAACAUUGAGAGUGUUUCGGAAAGUGCAUUAGUACUCUCCCACAAAAUGCUAUUCAGUGUAUUCACAAAAUCAGAGCCUUCUUGAUUUUCCCUUUGCUGCGGGAUGGAAGUUUCAUUUCUGUUCUCUCUUAUGGCGGGGACACUGAGGUAGAAGCUUUUUUGGUGAAAGAGAUAAGCUCAUCGAUUUCUGGACUUAUAUAGCUUUUGGAAAGGAAACCAAUUGAUGAGGAUUUUCAAGGCCUGACGAUAAUCAAGUAUUCAUAUUAGAGCAUCCUCAAUGCUCAAUGUAAUAAUCAAAUGUGAGUAAUCAAAAAUAUUUGGCACUCCAGUUUUUUAUGAUGAUAUUUCAAAAUUUGUCUUUUAGUAUGUCUUGUUAUGUAUAAUUUAUACACUAAAAAACAAGUUUGGGAGUGUCAUUGUAAAAAAGUGGAGUGCUAAAAUCAUUUUCCUAAUCAAAAUUUGUCACAUCAAAUUUUGAUUAUCUAUUUAAAGGUUGUUAAAGUUUUUUUUUGAUUUGCUAGGUUGUUAAAGUCAGUAAUGAAUUGGUAAAAAUUCAAAUCUAACGGUUAAUUUUUUUUCUUUUCAAUCUAAUAUGAGUAGUUUACAUUGACUGACAUUCUAGUAAAAUAAAUGACAGUGGAGAACAUUUUAUUAAAAUUCAUAAAACGAUCAAUAUUGUUAAAUGUACAAUCAUAAAGCAUUUGUUUUCGUGGAGAUUGAGUUUUACUUACCAAUGAUGGUUGCAUUUGAUUGAAAAGAUAUGGGGUCCAAUAAAUUUGGUUAUUGGUAAAAUAUUGCUAGUUUUGAUUAUCAAAUGGCCAAAAUUUGAUGAGUUGUUAAGAAGUUGCUAAAGUUUGGUUACAUUACAAUGUUUAGCUCUUUUUUUGAGCAACGUUGCUAAUUUUAGCAACCUUUUGGUUUUGAUUAUUAUAUUGUGGAUGCUCUUAUAGGAUAUGACAAAUACUUUUCUCUCUGGUAAAUGAGAAGGUUUCAAUUUGGGAUGUGAUUUUGGCACUUCAGUUUUAGCUAGUGGCAUUUUAUAUUUUGUUUUGUUUUAGCCAGUUUUUGUCUGGAUGUUAGGUCCGGUUUUUGUCCCGAUAGGUCUUCUCGAGUGUUUUGUCCAGAUCUGGUUUUCCCAAAUAGGGUGACUGAUUUCCACAAGUUCAAUGUUAUCUUUGAUUCGGAGCUUCGCCAUCCUGAGACGUUGGUGUCUGGGUACUAGCUCCACAUUAGCCGGCCAUGUUGACGAUGUGAAG